AUGGCGCGCCAGUUCAUCUUACUGUAUUUUACUUUUAGUCUAAACAAUGUUGGCAUUUUCGGACAAGGCGGUGAUAACCCAAUUGGUAGAACACAAAGAGCUGAUGGAUGGGCUGACACACAGAAAGAGUUGGAAACUAUCGCUUUGUUUGACGAUAUUCUCGUAAACUACGAUAAAAGAAUACGGCCAGGAUAUGGCUCUAACAGUCCUGUCAGAAAUACAGUGCAAAUAUAUCUUGCCAGCUUUGAUUCAUUAGAAGAGACAAAAAUGACCUACAGCAUUACGAUAUACUUGCGUCAGCAAUGGAACGAUCCACGCCUCGCGUAUGAUGACUCAAGAGAACUGCCAUCUAAUAACUACUUAGUGGAUAAAAUAUGGGUACCAGAUUUGAUGUUUGGUCACGAGAGAAAAGCAGUUUAUCACGAACUGACAGUGCAAAAUAGGUUUGUCAACAUCGACUCUAAUGGUACUGUCCAAUACAAUGCACGAAUUAGUUUGUCUUUGCACUGUGAGAUGGACUUCCAUCGCUUUCCAAUGGAUAAACAACAAUGUGGAUUGGAAGUCGAGAGCUUUCGAUAUACAACAAAAGAUUUAAUGUUUAAUUGGAUAGAAACGGAACCCGCCGAAUUUAAAAACGAAAAUUUGAAGCUGCCCCAAUUUGAGCUUGAAGGACUCCGAAUAACCGAGUGCACGAGAGUUCUGAUCUCAGGAAACUACACAUGUAUUGGACUUGAGUUCCUGAUGAAUAGAGAGCUCGGUUACUACCUACUACAGACGUACAUUCCAAGUAUUUUGUUGACAGUUAUAUCAUGGGUGUCUUUUUGGAUAGAUAUCAAAUCGUCACCUUCAAGAGUAGCCCUGGGCAUAACAAGCGUACUCACGAUGAUAACUGCCCUGAACGGAGUCCGCGGUGAUUUGCCACACGUCUCCUACAUCAAGGCAAUCGAUGUAUGGUUUUGUAUGUGCCUUGUGUUCGUUGUAACAGCUCUCGUGGAGUAUGCGAUUGUACAUUAUUUGUCUUCUAACAAGCUUCAUUUCUGGUUCUCAGAGAAGAAAGCUUCUAGGGUUAGUAAGGAAAAGAAGCAAUCGGGUGACAGUUGUCUCACACUAACCAUCAUUGAUAAGCCAAUGAAACCCAUAAAUGGUUGUUCAGACAUUGAUAACCAAGACGAAAACAAAGUAUGGGUACGAGGUAACUGCAGUAAACCACAACCAGAAACAUAUGAUAUUGGAAAAAAGAUUGAUAGAGUUUGUCGAAUUGCUUUCCCACUUUCUUUUCUUAUUUUCAACAUAUGCUACUGGUCCUAUUACAAGAUAUUCGAAUUCGACCAAGCACAUCUUACAUUCGAAGAAUAAGGAAGCAUGAGCUAAUAUAAAUCAGAAGGAGAUAUUGUAAUUGUAUAUACUAUAUAAGAGAAACAUACAAACAUAAUUACAUUAUAUAUAUAUUCAUAACAGUCUAUAUGAUGCGAUGUAUGUUGUUAUGUGAGUAAAAUAAGAGUAACCUCUAGAAUAUAUGAACUCAGGGAUAUGUUAACUGAUAGAAGAAUGACUGAUUUAAAGUUAUAUUACGCGGAAAUAGUCUUUUAGCAAGUUAGUUGUGUGUAGUUAGAAACAGACAUAUUUAUAGUACGAAUGGAGUUGGAAAAAUGUUGUUAUAGGGACGAUUGAAAUCAAAAU